AUGUCUGCCUCUGACUUUCAAUCAUCGCUGUGCUCGUCUUCUACCCUUCACUCAGACCAACCAGUCACUUCUCCUGUCAUUAAUGUCCAGUUGUCUACUACUGUUUAUCCCGCAUUUUUGUCUCGUCCUUUGCUUGCUCCGCCUGAUGAAGAAGAACUUGAGGCCCGUGCCAGCCUGUUCUACAAACCACCAAAUGAUGAUGACUAUCAUGCGGCGCUUCUACUUGCUAAGUCGACCGAGGCCAAGAAGAUUUCCUUCACGCAGGGUGUCGGAGAUGGUCAAGCCCGCAGCUAA